GGAUGGCUGGCUUCGCUGCAGUGGUAGGCUACGGGCUGUACAGGCUGAAGCACAGAGGGGAUAUGAAAAUGUCACUGCACCUGAUUCACAUGCGCGUGGCAGCCCAGGGCUUCGUCGUGGGCGCGUUAACGUGUG